CGCAAGGUCACAUUACAGGAAGCACCUGCCUGAUAAAUUUUGGAUUCUUUAUUUUAAUUUUCAUUUUAAUGCGAUAUGAAAUUAUUACUGAAGAUAGCAAUAUUUUCAGGGAAAAAACUAUGUUGGGCUAUGUGUUAGUUGCGUUUUUAUCUGUACUCCUCGCAGCGAUAUUUAUUCCACACAAAUGGUCUCUCACGUUCAGAAAAGAAUCAGCAUCUAUGCGACUCUUAAACUCGUAUGAAUUGUCAUUUUACAAUGGCGAGCAAGGCAGUAAAGGCCUAUACUUGGCCUUACUGGGCCACAUCUUUGAUGUAAGUAAAGGAGAGAAGCAUUAUGGACCAGGUGGAGCUUAUCAUUUCAUGACAGGAAAAGAUGCCUCACUGUCCUUCAUCACAGGGGAUUUCACAGAAAGUGGACUGACAGAUGAUGUUUCCAGCUUGUCUCCUUUGCAGCUGGUGGCUUUAUACGAGUGGUUAUCCUUUUAUCACAGGCAAUACCAACAUGUAGGGCUCCUUAUUGGGAGAUAUUAUACAGAAAGUGGGGAGCCUACAGACACUCUUCUACAGGUAGAGGCAUCGGUAGCUGAAGGCCUCAGACUCAAAGCACAAUCUGAAGCUGAUAAGACUCGCUUUCCACCAUGUAACUCUGAAUGGAGUGGGUCUACUGGGGGACGGGUCUGGUGUUCUACCAAGAGUGGUGGAGUUGACAGGAAGUGGACUGGUGUUCCAAGACAGCUCUAUAGUCCUGGGUCCAAUGUUGCUCGUUGCGUCUGUGUUGAAAACCCAUCUGAAGAUGAUCCUAGUUUAAAGAAAUAUCAAGGCUGUUCAUCAUCUUCUGAAUCGUGCCUUAUCAGACUUGAUUAGUUUCAGUUUUUGUACCAUUCCUUUGUAGCAAAACACAAUAAAGCACAUUUUUGUUUUUGAUUGCCUUUA